UAAACACUGUUGUUGAAGCAGAAUUUCCCUCAGUUUUAGUUUGACUGCGCGUUGAAUUGGUUUAGUGCGUAAUAUUCAAUGUGUAUUGUGUUAUUUUGUAUGCGCAAUGUGAAUUUAUGUACGCGGUCUGUUAUUCGCUAAACCGGAAAUGCACACGCAUUAAACGAUUUAUUUGCGUUGUUAAAUGUGCAUAAAAACGCAAUAAUGUGGGUGAUAGAAUUAAGAAAAAUUGUUCAAGAAAAGUGAAUGACGAAACAUUUCUGUUUGUAAAAAAGUUUAGAAACAUUAGAAAAAAAUUUAAAAUUUCAACAACCAUAAACAAAUGAAUAGUUGGAGAAAAAUGCUGCAAUCAAUAGAAACCUCGACUAUCUAUUCAUAUACUGGAUUUCAUCAUAACAUUGAUUAUGUCACACUAAAUUUCGCAUGGCAUUAGUGAUUCGCACAUAACGUCCGAAACUGUUAAAUAAAUUUAUUCAAAAAUAUUUAUUAUACAACUCAUCAAUGUUUGCAGGUGACUAAAGCGCCUCAAAAGCUGCCGAAAAGCAAAAGUUAAAAGUGUUACGCAUGAUCAAAUGUCUUAGUCACAUAUUAAUAAAUAUUUACACAUGCAAAUUAUUUUGCGACGUUGAAAUUAAAUUUUACACAAUGCAUGCGAAACCUGAAAAGUCACGAAAAUCAGAUAAAAUGACAAAGGUUGUCAUUGGCGGCCGCACGCAUAUAAAUUCUUAAACAAAAAUUUUUAGUGCCGAAAAAUGUGUCAGAAAAAAUUGUAAAUCAAAACACUAAUAAGCUUUUCAACUUGUAAGUUAAGUGUUUAAAAAUUGUGCAUUCGCAAAAGUAAAUUUGUGUUGAAAACUUUGUAUCGGCACCGGCACUCACUCAAGCGAAUUCAAUUGGAGUACUCAGUUAUUUUCACUACUUCUGGAAAUCAACAAAUCACAGCAACAAAAUGCUGGCCGUCAAGAAUUUCUUCUUACCCGAGCGACCCGCAACAGCUAAGCCGCCUGAAACGCCACAGCGUUUCUCACGCAUGCCUGAAGCUUUUCUGCGCUCCAUAAGACGCCGUUCGCUGCGUGUAAAGCGCGCCAAAAGUUUGGUUGUACCCGAUCGCGAGAAGCGGAAAUCAGACUCCUUUGUCAAUAGUCAAGAAUGGACGAUCUCACGUUCAGUGCCCGAUUUGCGUUUGGGCAUUGUUGGUUCACUGAACUCAGGCAAAUCAGCUUUAGUGCAUCGUUAUUUAACUGGUUCCUAUAUGCAAGAGGAGUCGCCUGAGGGCGGGCGCUUUAAGAAGGAAGUAUUCAUAGAUGGCCAAAGUUAUUUAUUACUGAUACGAGAUGAGGGUGGACCACCAGAAAUGCAGUUCGCCGCUUGGGUUGAUGCCGUGAUUUUCGUCUUUAGUCUUGAGAACGAGAGCAGUUUCAAUACAAUCUACAAUUAUUAUAAUAAAAUGGCGCAUUUUCGCAAUGGUCAAGAUAUACCAAUGAUUUUAGUUGGCACACAAGAUGCCAUUAGUGAGCGAAAUCCCCGUGUGAUCGAUGAUUCGCGCGCGAGAAAGUUGGCUAAUGAUCUGAAACGUUGUUCAUAUUACGAAACGUGUGCGACAUAUGGACUCAAUGUAGAACGCGUUUUCCAAGAUGCUUGUCAAAAGAUCCUCCAGCAGCGCAUUCCCCUACCUCCCACCGUGAAUUCCCGACCCACAACGCCGCAAGGCACACGCCUCGGCAUCGCCUCCUAUCAUCACAAUUCCAACAAUCAUGGCGGCGCCAAUGCGAAUGGCUUCUCGGCCUCCACCUCGUCGGUGCAGGGCGCCGUCUCCACUAGCAAUCUGACGCUGCCGCACCGCCAUCACGCGCUGUCCACAUCGUCACACCACAUACCGAUGCGCAUGAGCGCCGAUUUUGUGCACAGCGAACAGCAACAGCACAGCUUGCCACCCAAUCAGAAAGCGUGGCAGCAGCAACAACAAAAAGAACAGCAGCAACGUGAUCGUGAACUCUCAAUACUCACGAAUGAGAAUAACAACAUCACCAAAUUUACACCGACACAUCACCAGCAGCAACAGCAGCUCCAGCAACAACAGCAGUACUCUCAACAACAAUCAAAUCACCAAGCAGCUGAAAGUUUACCACCCUUGAGUUUGGUGCCAUUACGUGAGAAUAAGGAUAAUGGCAGUGGUGGUGGUGGUAGCGGCGGCGGCGGUGGUAAGGAUCUGCCGACACCCACAUCCACGCCCACUACAAGUCGCAAAAGUCGACGGCGUUCAAAUCUCUUCAUACCCUCCUCCUCCAAGAAGGGCGAGAAAGAUUUGAAGAACGGCGAAUUGGGUAGCGGACGGUCCAUACCAAUCAAGCAGGGCUACCUCUAUAAGCGCUCCAGCAAAUCGCUUAACAAGGAGUGGAAAAAGAAAUAUGUGACGCUCUGCGAUGAUGGACGCCUCACAUAUCACCCUUCGCUACACGAUUAUAUGGACGACGUGCAUGGCAAGGAAAUACCGCUGCAAUAUGUAACAGUGAAAGUGCCGGGCCAAAAGCCACGCGGUUCUAAAUCCAUCAUCACCAAUAGCGCACUUACAACAUCAAUGCACGCGAAUGGACGCAGUCACGGACAGAAUGGACUAAGCGAGGGCAUUGGCUGUCUGUCGAUUGUGAAGGACAAUAAAGAGAAGAAGAUGACCGAAAAGGUGCUGCUCACUGCUUUCGAUACGCUGCGUGAGCCAGUGAAAUCGAACUCUUCGCAACAGACCAGUGGUGAUGAGGGCAUCGCUAUGUCCAACUCCAACUCACAGACAUUCAUUGCUGGCAGUGAUAGCCAGCAACAGCAGCAACAACGCGAAUUACUGGCCGUCAAUGCGGCCAACAAAUUGGAAUCUCAAACGCCCAAUGUUAAGAAACGUCAUCGACGCAUGAAAAGCAGCAGCGUCAAGUCGAAUGAAGUGGACGAUUCGGAUAUUUAUGAGUUCUUCAUUGUAUCGCUGGAUUCGAAACAAUGGCACUUUGAGGCGGCAAGUUCCGAGGAUCGUGACGAAUGGGUAGCUGCUAUUGAGCAGGAGAUCUUCAAAAGUCUACAGGGUAUUGAAAGCACGAAAACCAAACCGGCGACCACUAGUGAGCUGGCCUCAAUGGUGGCGAUACGCACACGAGUGCCGGGUAAUGGCUAUUGCGUCGACUGUGAUGCGCCGAAUCCCGAAUGGGCCAGCUUGAAUCUGGGUGUGCUCAUGUGCAUCGAAUGCUCGGGCAUUCAUCGCAACUUGGGCUCACACAUAUCCAAAGUCCGUUCGCUGGGCUUGGAUGAUUGGCCAGCUGGUCAUCUCAGUGUAAUGUUGGCCAUAGGCAAUAGUUUGGCCAAUUCGGUGUGGGAGGCAAACACACGUCAACGUAGCAAACCAAAGCCGAAUUCAACGCGUGAAGAGAAGGAAGCGUGGAUACGUAGCAAAUAUGAGGCUAAAGAAUUUUUAGCACAGUGCAAUGCGUAUACAAAUACAACGCCGGGACAGCAAUUAAUUGAAGCGGUGAUCAGAUCGGACAUUAAAUCGAUCGUCUUGAUACUCGCCACCGCUAAUAGUGAAGUGACCAAUGCCAAUGUGAGUCCACGUGAUGUGCGAACACCAUUGCUGUUGGCCUGCGCCAUCGGAAAUUUGGCCAUAGCGCAACUGCUCAUUUGGAAUGGUGCCAACAUCAAGCACGCCGACCAUGAAGGACGCACCUGCCUGGCAUAUGCGCGCGCCGCACAAUCGCUGGCCACCGCCAAAUCACUAAAGGCCGCCGCAGCAGCAGCAGCCGCCGCCAACGCUGCUAAUGGCUGCAAUACGAACACGAACUCGAGCACCGCAAGCAAUACGAGUUCUUGCUCCUCAACCGCAUCCACCACAGCGACGACCACAACGACCAGCAAUGCGACGAAUAGCGCUGCAGCUAGUGGUGCAGCGGCAGCAGCAGCAGCAACCACAAACGGUGGCAUACCGGCGCCGCAAUAUAGUGUAGAGGAGACCACAGCACUGGUAGAGCUGCUAACAAGCUUGGGUUGCCCAGAAUCGGCGCCGCUGACGGCGAGUGGCACGCUACCGCGACGACGCGACACACUCGGCACGCCCUAUGAGAAGACCGUAUCGGGUGUCAUAUAAAGGACUAGUACGGUGGUGAUUGGGAGUGGGAAAGCAGCGCAUAUUGUGCGCUCGCGAUUAGUGCUAAGUUUUUAGUCUAAGUUAAAUGCUGUUCAACAGUUGAGGUAUUUGAGUAGGAGUAGGAGGACGAGAAGUGCAAGUGAAAGUGCAGUAAUGGCUGAAAACAGGCCAAAUUAUACACACGUGUAGUUGUUGUAAAAUAGUUAUAUUAUAUCUAUUAUAUAUUUAUGUACGUCUGUCCAAAGUUAGGACUCAGUGAAGUAUGAAUAAUUUUCAGCAUGCACAUAUAAAGUGUCGUCGAUGUGGAGCUAUAAAACGAUAUUUUUAAAAAAUAUUUUUAAUUAUAUUGAACUUUUAAUUAGCAGGAAAUAAUAUUGGUUAGUUUUUAUUUCAUAUUUUAAAGCUGUAUGUUUGAAUAAAACCAAAAAAAAUGUAUGUACAUUAACUGAACGAAAUAAAAAUGAGAAAUCCAGGUAUUUCUGAAUUGAUAAGCGUUUGAGCUCAGCAAGCUUUCAGUUGUUAAAUUAUUUUACUGCAACGCUGUUAACACUAGAUUUAAUAAUUGGUCUAAUGAAGAUGAGGAAAAUGUAUAGUAAGCUCGUAAGCCUGUGUUUUUUCCUUUUUUAUUUGUUUACACACAUAAGUAUAUGUUUUCCGUAUGUGCUAUGCUGUAAAAUGCUGUAGACUUUAGUAUCCCAUACUCGCGCAGAGUGCGUAAUGUUUAGCGAACUUAGAGAUAAAGGCAUAAACUUAGAAGAAUGUUUUAAGCAAUGCAGACCCCUAAGCGGCAAGCGAUUGCUGCACCUCAGUUUAUUUUUAAACACAUAUAUAUAUACGUUAGACCUUAAUAAUAUGUAUGUAUGCCCAAGCAUAAGCCGACAGGCGGUUUUAAUUAGAAAAUUACGUGUGUGGAAAAUAUUUAAAAAGCUAAGAAAUGCAAAAAUCGCUUUUAUUUAAGUUUAUUUAUGUUACCAUUAUUUAUUUUUUAAUUUCUACCAAAAUAUAGUUGAAAAUGGCAAUCGUUAACAUAGCGUUGAAGUAUAAAUAUUAAACAAUUUAAAUUUUUUGCGGCGGGUGUUCAAAAAAAUUUUAAAUAAAAUAAAAAUAAUUAAUAAGUAAAAGCCGUACCACGAAAAAGUCAAAAUAAUCAAAAAAUCUCUAAAAACUCGAAAUUUCUCGUCUCUUCAAAGUGUCUCGCAAGUCGAAGUGUCGACCAUUGGUCAAACUACAGCUACAAAAUUAUUACUAAUAUUACUUAAGUGUCUCGCAAUUUUUGCAAGCUUUGUGAGCUUUACUUUUAUAAAAGAGCUUGCUUUCUUUGCUCCAAUCAUGGUUAAACAAAUAAUGCAAAUGCAAAUAUUUUAAAAGUUCUUGCUUUAAAUAUGAAGUUCUUCAAAACUAAAUAAUAUCUUUCAACAAAGAAAAAAAUCCGCUUCAAAAAUUGAAAACAAUUCACAAAUCUUUAUUGUAAAAUAGAAUUUAUUUCGCGCACUGGUUAAGCGUUUUACGGUAGGUGGGAAGGUAGAGGGAAGUGACAGUCGGUCUUUAAGCCAACUCACUUACCAACUCAAACUAUCUGCUACUCCUCGUUAAACCAAUUUGUUUUGAGUACAAACUUAUUGAACUGGCUUAUAUCCCUAAGGUCAUCAGAGUCAUUCUAGAACGAUGAGCUAAAGUAUGUUAACCUAGUGGCAUGCCACGCAGGACAGCGACAAAGAAGAUGUCUGACAAACGACCAAGGGCUGCCGCCCCAGUAAACUAGCCCGUGUGUGUACUAGUGAACCGUUUAUGUCGUGCAGACUCUUCCUCCUCCCCAUUCUUACAGCUGUGAUCAAAUCAACCAACAUAGAGGUGUUGUGGUAAUCGAACUAUUACUUUUGUUUAUCUAAACUCUAAGUUUCAAAUAUUUUAGAAAUCUUUCAAGUGCAUGCAUACACUUUUACCUAAAAACAAUUUGAAACAUUGCCGUUCAAACUUCUCUUUUAAGGAGCUCAAUGCAAAGCUUUAGGUUUUUUUUCGCUUUUAUGCGCUUAAAAAAUGUUGAACACUCGCCGUCGUUUAGGAGAAAAAUUACUUAAAAUCGCAAUCUCACUAACGUAAAGUAUUGCUUCGUAAUUAAUGUAUUUUCGAUUUUUAAUUGAACCACUAAAUUUUUAAAAUUUGCUUUUGUUUCGGCAAGUAAAUAUGGAAUAAGUUUACCUAAAAAGUUAAGUAAAAUAAAUGAUAAGUAAAUCUGAAACUAAUGUCUUCGUCCGUUCAACGUUUAAUUAUAUUUACUUUUGCGUUUAUGUUUAACAAAUAAAAUUCUAUGUAAAAAAAUGUACACAAACAAAAAUCAGGAAAAAAUUAUUUAAAAAAUCUUGAUUAACGAAAAUCAGCGCCUAAAAAAACACAAAAUACUUAUCUUAAGCCGCUACUUUCCAAACUGUAAUUGAAUUGUGUUUCUUUCUAAAUCAAGUUGGUAUCUUUUAAAGCUUAUGCACUACUUAAUUUAAGUGCUACUUUUCUUUAAAAUUGUUUCUUUAUUUGUUUACAUUUAUUUUAUGUGAUGUUAUAACGCCUGGUUUGCUCCACUGUUUUACAAUAUUCUAGAAUUAUUUUAUUUAAUGUGUAUGUUAUUUUUUAAAACACCAACGAGUACGCUUCAUGUUUAUAAAAAAUUCUCACUCAUAGCUUUUUCUGGAAUAUAAAAUUUAAUAACUCAUUAGUUGACUUGUGUUAUCUGAAAAAUUUAAUAUAUUAAAAUAUUAUUUAAAUCACACGUAUUAGUUUUGUUUUAUUUUACACUAGCAAACCCGGCCCCCUUCGCUGGGCACACUAAAAUAGAAUAGAUA